CCAGCGAAACUUCCUCCUAAGCCGAUGACAUCUAAUAGUUUACCUAGAAACGCCCCCCUUAGGUCUAUUGCCAACGGCAAUUUAAUUGAAGAUGCCACACAAGAUACGAGGACUAAAGGCGAGGUGACGUCACAGAUUUUGACGUCACGGCAGGCAAGGAAGGUGCCACCAAAACCAUCGCCUGCGACUAGGGUUUCCCGCCAUAAACCGAGUGGAGCUAAACUUUUGGAAAUGAUCGAGAAGAAACUUGAAGAAGAAGGAAUUGAUUUAUUACAAGAUCCUUAUACAAAUCAGAAUGGUAAAUGGGGUGUUCCCAUGACGCUGGUUGAUCGAUAUUCCCGCGAGUUGAAGACGACGAUGAGAGAAGUUGCCAAGGAAAUGGAUCAUAUAAGGGUGGAAAAAUUAGAUCAUGUUAAGAAAAAGGCGGUUCCAUGUGAUAUUUCCAGUCUUCGCUUCGCUCCAGAUGUUGUGGGAAAACUUAGUUCAGUGGUGGACUGGUUGACGUCACUUGGACUGCCAAUGUACAUAGAAAAUUUUCUGGAAGAAGGAUACGAUGAUAUGAGUAUUGUACCCUAUCUUUCACACGACCAUCUUCGUCAUGCAAAUAUCACAAAUACUGAUCAUAUCGCUAGACUUAUUCGAUCCCUUGAAAACAUGGCCCCAGACCCUCACUCUUACAAUGGAGAUUGACGAGGCCCCAGACCUCUCCUCUUACAAUGGAGAUUAAAGAGGCCGCAGACUUCUCCUCUUACGACGGAGGUUGAUGAGGCCCAUACCCUUGUCGUGUCGUGUACAUUAACUAAGUCAAAUGACUCAAAUCUCGCUCACGACUUGUCGAUAAUUAUUAGAAAUGAUAAUGUAUUUAUAUAUUAUGAUUCGGUUUUACGAAAGCUCGACAAUGCUGCCCAAGGGAUGUUCAAAAUUAUAAUAGAUAUCGAUUUAACGGCUGAUGUAGGAAACGAACCUCGUGUCCAGGAGAAAGGACAAUGGGUACGAGGUUGACACCAUUGAACUGUCUUUUGAAUCUGGAGUGCUCUCUUUGUUGUUGCAAUCCUUGAAGCCGAAAUUUAAGUUUUCUUGAGUUUUUAGAUAUAAUUUCCAUGAAAUAAUUUUAAAGAAUGAACAAAAAUCUAUAUAAAAUACAGUCGCACAAACUGCCAUGAUACGUUUUACCUCACGAGCUCGGGUAAAUAACGAAAAUACUCUGAUAUGAAUGCGUCUUAGUGUUCUUCAGAUGAUUUAUAGCACUACUAUUGGAGUUAGUGUUCCAGUUUAUAUUAUAGUUCAAUGGUUGUCAGCCACCAAGCAUCUCCAGUAACAUGCUUUUCAAUAGUUUAGUGCGCUAAAACGUCAUCGUACGUUUUAAACUAUUUUUGUGUAGAAAAAACUAACUUCUUUCAAACCUGUUUGUUUUGGUUUGCAUGCUAAUAUUAUAAAUCUAUUCAUGAUUGUGGAAUUUGUGAAUCGUAUUUGGCGACAUUUUGUCGAAUGAAUUUAGUUAUACACAAGUCUUGAAUUCUUUUGAACAUAUAUAUACUUGUCACUUUUCUAUAAUAAUUUCGAUAUGAUAAAUCCUACAAUGAUGCAAUAACAUUUUUACAUAUAUUAUUUAUUGAGAAAUAAAUUAGAAUUUAUCUGUGUUGAAUAUUUUA